CCUGCUUCUCUUAGGUAAUCCUGUUUCAACGAGCCAUACAUGGCGGGGUGGCUGUCGUUCCUCGUGUAGCAAACAACAAAAACAUUCUUUUAGGUCGUGUUUUUUGAUGAGACGACAUUUUAUCAUAACGGAAUUGCAGUCGGGAAGUGUAGACACGAAAAUUAUUUUGCUUUUGUGCGAGUUUUCAUGGAUGUUAAUGCCGCUUUCGCGGUACUUUAAGUGCGUUGUUGACACUAGACACUGUUAAAACGAACAAAGGACCGAGACGCAUGCGUAACUCGAUUUUGUUGUUCUGUCGUUUUGGUUUAUUUUUAAGAUUCACUGUUGGUCGGAAAUAAUACAAUAGUUUGCUUUUAUUUUAUAUUUUUUUAAAAAGAUAAGUUUUAUAGACUCAUCCAGUGCAAGUAGCCACAAUAGCCGUCGUAACAGUAGCUCCCACCCGUCGUAACUCCGGACAAAUGGCCGAGGUAUACGUUCGCGUGGCUGAGGAGGAAAAUGAGGAGCCCAUGGAGAUCCCGUCGGAGGACGACGGUACUGUUCUGCUGUCGACGGUGUCGGCCCAGUUCCCUGGAGCGUGCGGCCUCCGGUUCAGGAGCCCCGUGUCCCAAUGCAUGCGCGGCGUGCGGAUCGUCGAGGGAGUUCUACACGCCCCCGAGACUGGUUGGGGCAACAUGGUUUACGUGGUCAACUAUCCGAAAGAUAACAAAAGGAAAAUGGAAGAAAUCGAUGCUUCUUCAGCUGUAAAGAUGAAGCGGAAUGACAUGAAGACGUCGGACCUUAUCGUGCUGGGUCUUCCUUGGAAAACGACUGAGCAAGACCUGAAAGAAUACUUCAGUACUUUUGGGGAAGUCAUCAUGGUGCAGGUAAAACGAGACGGCAGGUCAGGAAACUCCAAAGGGUUUGGAUUUGUGCGGUUCACGGAGUACGAAUCCCAGGAAAAAGUCAUUGCCCAGCGCCACAUGAUUGAUGGCAGAUGGUGUGACUGCAAGUUCCCCAACUCCAAGGUGAAUAUGCAAGGCCCGGACGAGCCAAUGAGGAGCCGCAAAGUGUUUGUGGGGCGUUGCACAGAAGAUAUGACCACCGACGAGCUGAGGCAGUUCUUUAUGCAGUACGGGGAAGUCACAGAUGUCUUCAUCCCCAAGCCGUUUCGUGCUUUCGCCUUUGUAACGUUUGCAGAUGAUCAGGUGGCUCAGUCUCUGUGUGGCGAAGACCUGAUCAUCAAAGGCGUGAGCGUCCAUAUCUCAAACGCGGAGCCCAAACACGGCAACAGGCAGUUUGACCGCACCACGCGUUUCGGCAACGGCUUCGGCGCCCAAGCGUUCGGAGCGAGCCGCGGCGGCAUGGGGAGCAGCGCCAACAGUAACAUGGCCAAUUUCGGUUCCUUCAGCCUCAACCCCGCCAUGAUGGCGGCGGCGCAAGCGGCCCUGCAGAGCAGUUGGGGAAUGAUGGGCAUGCUGGCCAGCCAGCAGUCAUCCUCGUCAGGCAGCGGCACCGGCGGCGGCAGCUCCAGUCGGGACCAAAGUCAGUCGUUUAGCGGGGGCAACACCAACUACGGCGCCGGCUCGGCCAGCCUGGGCUGGGGCACGGGAUCAAACUCCACCAGCGGUGGUAGUGGCUUUAGCUCAGGGUUUGGGUCCAGCAUGGAGUCAAAGUCGUCUGGGUGGGGUAUGUAAAAAACAAAAAAAGGAGUGUGCCGUGUGUGGUAAGUAUUGUGAGAAAGAGUUGAGUCUUUUCACAAGUUUAUUUCGGGUGUCUGCGUAUUUGAACGACACUUUUUUCGGAAGAUGUUUUUGUACAGUGGAGAGAGUAAUUUUAUUUAGAGCAGGGGGUGUCCAAACUGCAAUUGACUGGGUGGAUUGGCAGUUGUUCAUGUUUCUGUACCAUUUACCGGGAUGGUUCCAUUUGAGCUAGGAGAUCCAAAUGGAUUAGACUUCUAUCCCUGUCAGUGGCAGCCAAUGAGUUAAAAACUAAUUGUUUCGUGUCAUCCUUCCGUAGAGAUUUAAAUAGAAUGACAACACUACAAAUGACAUGUCAAAAACAGUUGCUCGAAGAAUUUCUUUCAGUGCCAUUGACAAUGAUAGACGUCCAAUCAUGUGGCUCUUAAUACCUCUGCUGUGACUUGAAAUUAGUUUAUCACUAGUAGAUGUUCAACGCUGCCGUCCUUCCCUGUUCAGAUGGAUUGGAUGUCUAUUGUCGUCAGUGGCAGCCAAUGAGUUAAGCUUGCAAAUGGUGAUUUCUUAGACCUCAGAUAAUGGAGAAAAUAUGUAAAUAAAUACAAAACAUGAUAUAAGCACACAUUUUGUGAUGCUGGUUGCACCCACAUACAUACAAGCGUGCAGGUGCAUGUGAUAAUGUGUUAAUGAUUAACUUAAGGGUAGGUAAUUUGAGAUAAUUGGCUGAUCAAAAAAAUCGAUGGUUUUUCAAUUUGUUAAAAGACUUGAUAGAGUUGCCUUUCCAUUUAAUAUGUUUAAAAGUUAAGCGUGUCUGGCCACUUCGGUUUUUGCUUGAGAAGAAGCGGUUUGGACACCCCCGUUUUAUUGAGAAGUGGGUAAAGGGGUUUUACUAAUUUCAACUGGAUUCUCUAAUGCAUGCAUUGUGAUUUAAGAUAAAUGCAUGUUUUUUUUUCAUUCACCAUUGUCAAGCUACAUCAUUUUUAAGCAAUCCUGCAUUGGGGAGAAUCUGGUUGAAAGUUGAAAUGUUUCAGUGAAGCUUUUAUUUGCAGUCAAAAGUGGACAAACUCCUUCAUUGAAGUCUCUUCUGCAGUUGAUCUCUCUUCAGUUUCCCUGCGAGGAAGCUCCAAUAUGGCAGCAUUGUCGCGGGGGCAUAAGCGCUAUCACUCUCCCUCUUCCCGCCUGUGUUAAUGCUAUGCCAUCAAACAACGGCUUCACUCCGCAUGUUCUGACGAGACGGUGGGUGUGUUUUCACUUUUUUUUUUUUUUUUUUAAAUCCACUUAUGAUUGGAAAGAGAACUGCGCAAGUGGCCUAUUUUGGAUGCGGGGGGGACACUGAUGAGUGCGGAUGGCUUGAAGAGUGGAGCGGUUGGUGAGUGAGCGGACUGAGGACUGCUUGUGCGAACGAGCGCCCCCUCCCAAAAAUGUGACUGAUUUUCUAUAAGUGUGUGAGUGGAAGCUGCAGAUGCAACAAGCGCCUCCCAACCCUUAAACCUGGACAUCCUUUUUUCUAGUAUGUCGAGAUUUUUUUCUCACCCCCUUUUAAAAAUGCAAGGUUUUCCCUUUAUUCAUAAUGUGUAGACAUGAUAAUGUAGUGGAGUGAUGUGUUCUUUGUAAUGCUUCUUUAAUCUGAAUGCUGUAUGAUGCGUGUUGUUCUUUGUUCUCGGACUGAUCUGUAUGUCAGUGCGCAAUUGAUGUGGAUGACGUUGACUGAUGAAAUGUAGGGGGCGGGGACACGUGUGAUGUGAGAAAGUGGAAUGUGUCCUAACGGUCCCCCCCCACCCCCUUUUAUAUAGGCUCUUGAUGUUUGUGAGGUGUUUGGAAAAAUGUCAAAUGAAGGGAGUUGUCUAAUAAAGUUCAUUUGAAUAGAUUGAUUAGUUGAUGUUACUUGCGUGGGAUUAAAAAAACUAAUUCGAUUCACACAUCUAGGGGCUCCGCUGGUCGAGGUCUCCAUUUGAACCCCGACUGAAGGACGAAGACAGAAGUUCCAACACUUUGUGUGUGGCCUUCUCAGACACGGGGUAGUACCUUUUGCUCACUUUCUUAGCUUAAGAGAGAGUGCUGCUUUUUCCUCUCUGCGUGUGUUGAGCGAGAAAGUUUUGGAUUAUACAGUAAAGAAUGUUUGGAUAAAAGGGUCUUUUGGUUGAUUGGAUGGUGGGUGCCUCGCAAAUUUCACAUCUGUGGAAUGGUUAACUGGUGUUAUGCUUUUGUAGAAAGCUUAAGUAUUGCUACUUGACUAGCUUACAUAGAGCUGGUGCCAAUGCAUUGGCUAAUCGAAUGGAUUUACACUGCAGGUCUAAGUGGACAAUUCUGAUUUAAUGUCAGGCUUUCCCCCAGUGCUUUAUAAGCCUGGUGGGCUGCCAGGUUUCUCUUGAACCACCCCCACCAUGCUAAAGCUACGCUACAAAAAACAAAAGGUAUACAUAUUUUAACUGUAUUUAAGUCACGUGGUGAUUUUGUUGAAAGCACAACAGUGACAUCUUACCUGUCCCAGCUCUCUAUCGUGGCGCUAAAUUGCAUUGAAUUUUUGUUAUAAGUAGGGCUAUCCCGAUAGCGUAUCUUUUCACCCAAGUCAGAGUCAUCAGAUUGAGAAUCUCCCGAUACAGAGUCCUGAUCAGAUAGUUUUUAAAUUAACAAAAGUUCCAAACGUUAGUACUGCAAUAUUUACAGUACUUACGCUUUUUAUGGGAGUGCUGCAGCAUAUAAAACCUACAUAAAUUUGUUUAUUCUGGCAAUGCCACUGUAUUUCUGGAUUAUGUUGUUACUUUACAGCAAAUUUUUAAAAAUAAAAACCUAAACCUUUUCAGCCUAUUUAGAUAUCCCUAAAAAAUGGCCCGAUUGGUCCAAUUUCCAAUCACAUGAGGCGAUCGGGGACAUCCCUAGUUAUAAGUUCAAGUUCAGGCCUUUUUUGUAAUAAUCUAUGUUUAAGUAUAAGUGCCUUACUGUAUCAUAACACAUUAAUCACUAUUCUUGUCAACAUUCCCAAAAGUAUGUGGGACUGCCAGCGGGCCUUCCUACCACCAAGCUUUGCAAGUUUUCUGGCCAUAUUCUGAAUACCUUUAUCGGUUUUGUGUGUGCCCACUUUCAUAUACAAGGUGAUUGAAAAAGAAUGUGCCAAAAUCAUCAUGCAUUUAUUCAUUUUAAAAUCAUUGAAAUAGACAAUUAUUUUAACUAAUGAUUUAAUAACCUUACUUGUUAAAAAGACAAUUCUUAACAAAAGUCAUAUCGGCUUGAUGUUGUCCGUGCCGCUGGUGGUGGUCACAUUGAGCACUUGUAAAGCAUAAAAUAAAAUACUUGGAUCCAGCUAGUUAUUAUUUUUAUUUUUUACUAUACUAUAUAUAUCAGGGGUCAGCAACCCUGGUCCUCGAGUGCCACUAUCCAGCUUGUUACCCAUAUCUCCCUCCUUUAACACACC